AUGGACGAGCUCGGCUCGGCCUUGCAAACCUGGGAGGAGAUGGUGAGCCGUUACAACAAGAAGUCGUUGAAGCUUGGCGAACCGGCCAUUGCUGACGACUUCCUGUGCUCAGCGUUGGAAGCCCUAGUGCCAGACGAUUUGGAGAAGCACCUGCAACUGAACGCAUCACGCCUCAAGAAGUACAACGACAUGAGGCAAGAGGUGAUGACGUACUACGAAACACGCACGGGCAAGCUGGUCAAGGUGACGCUGAGGGACCGCAUGCCGCAGCACGGACAGCAGAAGUUCGAGGGCUACUGCGACAACUGCGGCAAGUACGGCCACAAGAAGAAGGGAGGAUUGGAUAUGGGUGCCAUCGAGAUCGCUGCCGUGAGCACGACCGACGGUUCCGAGUAUGUCCGUUUCAACCUGGACAGCGGGGCUGCAGCGACGGCCUACCCUAGGGAGUGGUUCGCGGGUAGCUCCGCACCGAUUCCCUCUCCAAAUCACUCUGGAUACAUAACGGCGUCCGGAGAGCGCAUCCAGGACUACGGAGGCGUUCGUCUGCACUGCAAGGACGAGAACGAUGCCCGAAGGUGCAUCACUGGUAGGAGGAGCGACGUGCGCAAGAUAUUGGCAUCAGCGUCCCAAGUGUGCGAGAAGGGACGCCAGCUGAUAUGGUUAAGCGCAGACGGGGGGUACGUGAUCCCCAAGGACGGCCGCAUCGGGAAGAUGCUGCAGAAGGAGCUCGAUCGCCUGGUGAGGCGUUUCGGCGACGACUCGCUCCUGCCAGUGUACCGAGAGAGGGGCGUCUACAACUUCUACAUGAAGGUGGAGCGCGCGGAAGACAUCGCGCCGCUUGGCCUGUCGCCGGUGGAUGAGCACUACGGUAUGGGACAUGCUCAGUUCAGGUAUUGGUGCCGCCACUGCCAGGCAGCACGGGGCAUCGGCGAACAGCACCGAGCCCGACAGGAGGACCCGGAAACAGCUGAUCCUGUUGUGUGCUCUGACUACGGCUACCUGGCCGACGACGGCAGUGAGGACACAGCGUUGCCGAUGCUGGUGAUAAGGGAUCGCCGUACCAAGGGGUAUGCGGCGACGGCAGUGCCCCAGAAGGGAGUGCACCCGUACCCUGUGAAGUUCUUCGCGGGCUACUUGAAGGAGCUCGGUUGGAAGAGGUACGUGAGCCGGUCAGACGGCGAACGCAGCCUUGUAGCCUUGAAGCAGGCUGUGGCUGACCAGAUGCAGGCAGUAGAGACUGUCAUGCAGGAGUCUCCUGUAGGAGACCACGCAGCGAACGGUGAGGCUGAGAACGCGGUCAAGGAGGUGAAACGCAUUGUGCGUGCGCAGAAGGAGACGUUCGAGGAGAGGCGUGCCACCCAUGCCGCCGGCGGCAGCACAGGCGCCGCCACCGCCCGGCGACGAGCGGCCUCGCGGAAGGUGCAGCGGAAGCGGGUGGCUCCGCUCCGGCUGCGUCGUCAGGGUCUGGAGGCCCGGCUCCAGCGACAGGGGCCAGUGCUGCGUCUGCGGAGGUACCAGGCGCCGCGGCUGCGGGAGGUUGACCUCUCGGCGGAGGAGCUGGAGGAUAUCACCCAUCUAGGCUUGCAGCUGGGAGCUGUGGAUGUCCGUGAAGAGUGCCCGCCUCCGUGCCCUGUUGCGCUUUCGUGCCACUUGGGCCUGAGACCUGGGGUGAGCGCAGACAUGCAGGCAGAGAGACCGAAUGGGGGGCACUGGGACUUCAGGAAGGAGGAGGACAGGAAGGAGUGGUACGACACGCUGGAGCGCGAGGAUCCGUACAUCCUCAUCGGAUCACCUCCUUCCACGGCGCUUGCAGAGCUGCAGGGUGCAUCCCGGCUCAGGCGGGACCCGGAAAAGGCCCUUCAAGAGCAAGAUCUUGCAGAACGUCAUCUUGAGGUGGCUUGUGAGAGCUACCGGAGGCAGAUGGCUCGGGGCAGGUACUUCGUGCACGAGCACCCCCACGAAGACAGCAGCUGGGACUCGACUGUCGUCCAGGAGCUGCUGGGGCAGAACGCCGUGGAAAGGGUCAGAGGAGCCGUGUGCAAGUGGAGCGCAAAGCCUGCGGGCCAAGGAGAGCCCCCUUCAGGCGUGCAAGGGUUCAUCCGGAGGCGAGCCGGAUUCAUGACCAACAUGCCCGAGCUUGCGCUGGAGCUCAAAAAGGGGUGCUCUGACGACGCGGGGCCAGAGCAGCACCGGCAUGUGCCACUGACAGGCGGCUUGGCCCGCAGGGCACAAGUGCAUCCUCCGAUGCUGGCGCGAUGUGUCCUACGAGCAGUAAAAGAGUCCAUGAAGAAAGAUGGAUCCCUCUCUGGCCUGGCGGAGCGGGACUACACAGCGGUGCUCAAGCAGGAUGGCCACGAGGCAGGCAGGGCGAACCCGGCCCUCUUCUAUAGGAAGGUCGACGACUGUCGGUCCUUAGUGCAUGGUGAUGACUUCUGCGCCAUGGGCGACGACGACGCCUUGGACCAGAUCGAGCACACCUUGCGGAAGAAGUAUGACUUGAAGGUGACUGGAAGCUUCGAGCUCGGCUCAGGAGAGGAGCAGGAGGUCGUUUUCUUGAACAGGAUUCUACGAGUGACCGGAAGCCCCGGAGAGGAACGUUUCGAGGUCGAAGCUGAUCCACGGCACGCAGAGAUGAUAGUUCGAGACAUGGGCCUCGAAAAGGAAUCCGCUAAGACACUAGAUGUUCCUGGGCUGAAGAAGGAGGAGGCCGAAACGGAGGAGCGGUUAGCCUCGCCCCCGCUUGUCGGCGACGACAUCCGGUUGUACCGCAGUGUGACCAUGCGAGCAUCAUACUUAGCACCAGAUCGGGCUGACAUUGGAGAUGCAGUAAAGAAUCUGGCUAAGCACAUGCAGAGCCCGAAGCAGGUCGACAUGGCCAGGCUCAAGAGGCUGGCAAGAUACCUGAAAGGAAGACCCUGGGUGGUGCAGGUUCUCCGCAGGAACAAGCACAUCGACAGGGGUAGUCCUUUGCCCAUCUUGGUCAUGGUGGACAGCGACAACGCUGGCGACAAGAUCAGCCGACGGUCUACUGUCGGGCAGGUCGUUUUCGUCGGCGGCCAGGUGGUGAAGCACGCUUGCAACCUGUUGCAAGUGGUAGGACUUUCCUCCGGAGAGAACGAGUACUACGCCAUCAGCGCCGGCGCCUGCACCGGAUUAGGCAUCCAAGGCUUGUUGGAGGACUGGCAGGUCCCAUCUAAAGUCAAGGUGGUGUCGGACUCUUCCGCGGCGCGCGGCUUUGCUUCGCGCCGGGGCGUUGGGAAGCUCAAGCAUGUUCAGACCCGCUACUUGUGGGUGCAGGAGAGGAUCGUCAUGCAGCACCUGGAGUUGGGCAAGAUCGGUACGGCCGAGAACCGGAGCGACCUAUUGACUAAGCCAUUGGGUCGUAAGGAGAUCGACGUCCACAUGAAGGGUAUCAACCAGGAGUACAGGAGCGGCAGACCGGCGAAAGGGUUGCUCCUGAAAUAG